GAGUUCCAGCAGACGGAGAUGCAGGCCUACAGCCGCGAGACAGGCCUCGUCCUCACCAGCUACGGCACGCUCGGCUCACCAGGACGCAGUUCCGUGGCUAAUGAGCAGGGUUGCGUGAUCCCGUCGGUGCUGACGAACCCUGUGGUGGUGUUCAUGGCGCAGGCGCUGGGCAGGACGCCGGCGCAGGUCAUGCUGCGCUACUUCGUUCAGCAAGGCAUCGGCGUCAUACCCAAGUCCGUCACGCCUGCCAGGAUCCAAGAAAAUUCCCAGCUUUUUGGCUGGAGUCUAUCGGAGGCUUGCAUGGCAGCCCUGCGUAGUUUGGACAAGGGCGAGGCGGGACGGUCGUUCAAUUUCUCCUCACGUCGAGGGUUCGAACUGCAUCCUGAAUAUCCUUUCCCCUGCACACCCCACACGCGCUGAUGUGUACUAUGUACUGCACCUGCUGGACAGUGUCUUCUAUGCUCACCAGCAGAGUAAACAGAGGGGGCACUUCAAUGACAGUUUGACCGCGAAAUAACUAUUUAAUCAGUGACAAAACCGGACAAUUUAUUUCUUAAGAAUAUUUCUGACAAUCCUUGAUCUUCCAAACUUGGUCAAUAAUCAUAACGUUGGGCGGUCUGCAUGAAAAAAUAUGUGUACAUAUCAUACAAUAUUUAUGACUGACACAAAUAUUCGAAAUUUUUUUAUAACCGGGAAAAUUUUGCUCCACAAGAGUAGUUUAUAAAUGCAUCUAGUGAAGGGCUGUUGUUUACCACGUCAGUAGAAUUAUUGUAUAAUAAUUAACGAUCAUGGAGAAAUAUUUAAUGCCACGUUCCAUGUUGUUCCUCAGCGCCAGUAAAGGGUCAGUCUAAUGCUGCUUCAUGCAGUUGCUUCUAUCAUUAAGUCUAGUCGCUCGCUUUGUUUUAUGUAUUAUUCUCGCUUCGCCAGCCAGAAUAUUUUCAAUAUUGCAAUGCACAAGAACUUGAGCCUAAACUUACGAAAGAAAGUCACGAGUGUUUUUAGAGUGGUUGGGUUUAUGGUAAUAUGGAGUUUUAAUCAAAUCAAUACCAGUGUUUUUGUAAAUUAGGUAAAGAGUUCAAGGUGUAUAAGUAAGGCUAAUUUUGCCAAUCGAUUAUUAAUAAUCCCUGAAUAUGUGAUUCUGCUUCCUGUUGAAUAAAU